GUGGUUUCUGCUUCAGGUCUCUAGUACCAUAAAGAAGAAACUAUUCUGAAGAAUUAUUACUUUUUUUAAAAAUCAAAUCCAGUUAACAUCCUUGUCUUAGCAACAAGCAGGAGAAAUGGAGUACCUUACCAAUCUACAUGAAAACAUCAACAAGACAGCAAGAAAUAAUUCUGACUGUCCUUGGGUCGUUUUGCCAGAAGAGAUAUUUUUCACAAUCUCCAUCAUUGGUGUUUUGGAGAAUUUGUUGGUCCUUCUUGCUGUGAUCAAGAAUAAGAAUCUUCAGUCUCCCAUGUACUUUUUCAUUUGCAGCUUGGCCAUUUCAGAUAUGCUGGGUAGCUUGUAUAAGAUCUUGGAAAAUAUCCUCAUCAUGGUCAAAAACAUGGGUUAUAUCCAGCCUGGCGGCAGUUUUGAGACCACAACAGAUGACAUCAUCGACUCCCUGUUCAUCCUCUCCCUCCUGGGCUCCAUCUUCAGCCUGUCUAUGAUCGCUACUGACCGCUACAUCACAAUCUUCCAUGCUCUGCAGUACUACAGCAUUGUGACCAUGCGUCGUGCCAUCAUCGUCCUCACAGUCAUCUGGAUGUGCUGCGUUGGCAGCGGCAUCACCAUGGCCAUUUUCUCCCAUCACAUCCCCACAGUGAUCACCUUCACAUCGCUGUUCCUUCUGAUGUUGGUCUUCAUCCUGUGUCUCUAUGUGCACAUGUUCUUGCUUGCUCGCUCCCACACUAGGAAGAUCUCUGCCCUUCCCAGAGCCAACAUGAAAGGGGCUAUCACACUGACCAUCCUGCUUGGGGUCUUCAUCUUCUGUUGGGCCCCCUUUGUCCUUCAUGUUCUCCUAGUAGUCUUCUGUCCAAAUAACCCUUAUUGUGCCUGCUACAUGUCCCUCUUUCAGGUCAAUGGUAUGCUGAUCAUGUGCAACGCUGUCAUUGACCCCUUUAUAUAUGCUUUCCGGAGCCCAGAGCUCAGGGAAGCAUUUAGAAAGAUGAUCUUCUGCAACAGAUACCAGUAGAAUUAUUGGUUCCCAAUUUUAGAAUGCUAAUACUCUCAACUGUCUAUUCCUUCUUUAAUAGAUAUGAUGAUUAUCCCACUAAGAGUACUUUUUAAAAUUUCUUUAUUUGGGGAUUAAUGGCUUAUAGUCAACAGUAAAAUACAUAGUUUGUACAUGCAUAACAUUUCCCAGUUUUCCAUAUAACAAUACAACCCCCACUAGGUCUUCCUCUCCCAUCAUGUUCCAGGACCUGAACCUUCCCCUGACCCCAGAGUCUUACUUUGGUGCAAUGCACCAACUCCAAUCCAAGUUCUGAUUAGAGUUUCCCCUUCUGAUCUUGUUUUUCAACUUCUGUCUAUGAGUGAGAACAUUUUUAAAGCUAGGUUCUGUGUGAACAGUCUUGCUGUACUACAACUUUUAUAUUUAGAGAGAGAAAACAGUAGAGCUCUUCUCCAACUUACAAUGAGGUUGCAUCCAAUAAACUCAGUUGAAAUUAUUGUAAGUGAAAAAAUGCUUACUAGGACCAUCCAGAAAGUAACAUUCCAUUUCUACUAAAUGACUGUUGCUUUCACAACAUUUUAAACUCAAGAAGUAUUACAUCAAACCAUCAUAAGUCAGAGUCCUCCUUACUAGAAUGCAAAGUAUGUAUAAUGCAAACCUGGGGAGUUUGGGUUAAAAUAAAAUCUUACUCUUCUGUGAUUUUAAGAAGUCUGUCACUAGGAUAGUUUUUUUCAGGCUAGAGUCCAUUAUAACUGGUGUCUAGAAGCUAAAGCACCAGCACAUGUACUCAGGGAAGAAGCUACAGGGUGUUUAUAAACCAAAGGUGCCAAUAAAUAGUUAAAGUUGAAUGUGUAUAUUUCUCAAGGCCAUGUAAACUCCUAGUCCCCCUAUACACCCUCCCUUUCUCCUGCCCACCUGCUUGCUUUAUUUGUGUACCAUCUCAAAUCCUUCUGGAAGUAGACAGGGUAUAAAUUAUAAAUGCCAAAUAAGCAGCUAGAGUUUUUCAAUAAUAAAGAGAAUCUGUUAGUCAUCUUUGUCCAUCCUAUAUCCCACUGACUUUAACAAUCCUUAUUAAAAUUUCUCGGGCUUUAGAAGCAUAAAUUCAAAGGAAAAAAAUAAAAACAAAUCCAUCUAGUUCCUUUGUGGAAAUAAAUGAAGAAAAUUGUAACUACCUGAAGAAGUCAUAACCAAUAUAUAUGUCAACAUGUAGAAGUAAAAGAAGACAAAUCUCAAGUUCAAUGUAUGUUCUGUAGAAUACGCAGAGUGUGUGCAUGUGUGUACGGGUCUGUGUUCACCAUGUUUUUGUACUACAUGGAAUAAAUACUAAGACAAAAACAACACUUAAGGCAACUAUUAGAGCAGUUCUAGAGACCUGUAGACAUAGAGAGUCUAUAUGUCAUCAACCAUACACUCACACAGAUCAAUUAAUAUGUAAAACACUAUGUGAUAGUUUAUAUUUUCCAUAAAAUCAAAUGUACAACCCUAUAAAUGCUUUAAUGUUAUCUUCCAUUAAAUGAGUAGUGCAUAGUAUAUUUUCUGCACUUAAAGUAGAUAUUCUCAACAAAAUGUGCUCUCUUUCAUACUGUGUUGUUCUGACACUGUGGAGAUAGGGAGUAUAAUUUAACCUUCACCAAAAGCAGUCUUAAAUAUAUGUUGAAUUCUGCCUUUAUUAACAUCUUUGAUAUAUAUGGCUAUUGUUAGAAGAAAUCAACUGGAAAUUCCUUCACCUCCUCUUACU